UUAGUCAACUACUGGGGUUGAUUUAUUCGACUAACCACCUCCCCACAAACUUUGAUGCCUUGUCCCUAUAGUCAAAAUAAUGAAAAUGAAGAGUUAUAUUUUUUCAGUAUUUCCAACGAAGAUGCUUGUUGCAGUUCUAUAUAACUUUUAUUGAUACAGGAAACACCUAUACUAUUUAUCGAAAACAUUUAUUCAGUGACUGAUAAAAUAAACAAAAGGACACUCGCUUGUAUGGGAUAACAUGAUGUAAAUAGUUCAGAUUAUUUUUAACUUCAGAAAAUAUUUAGCUGCAAAUAAAUGUCAGGUUUUCCUUUAUAAAUAAUACAAUAAUCUGAAUGCUAAAGGACUGACGCUGACUUCGGGCUGGACAAAAAAACUGAUAUUUCAUUUCAUCUGCAAAAAACAUGGUUGUAUGGUUAAGACGUUUGCUUUGUAACCAUAUCAAACUGGGUUUGAUCCCACAGUACUGCACUAUGGGAUUCUUGAAGAUGCAUACUAACAUAGAAAUAAAAUCUAGAGUAAAAGAUGUAGAACAGCUGAAAGAAAAAGUCCAUCUGGAGAGUGGAGCAAGAACUGAUUUAUUAAUUCAAGAGGAUAUUUUCUUCAAUGUUCCUCAAGGAAGACUCAAGUUAAGAAAAACUCAGGGUAACAAAUCAAAAUUGAUAUUUUAUGAAAGAAAAGAUACAGAAAAUGCCAAAGAAAGUAAAUUUGAUAUUAGUGUCAUUGAGGAUCCCAUGUCUCUAGAGAUUGUUCUGAGUCGUGCACUGGGUAUCAAAGGAAUUGUGAAGAAACGGCGUGAAUUAUAUAUUGCUGGUCAAACUCGGAUCCACAUUGAUGAUGUCGAAGGAUUAGGAAAUUUUAUGGAACUAGAGGUUAUGAUGAAAGAAGAUCAGGAGAAAUUGGAAGGUGUUAAAAUUGCAGAAGACUUUAUGAAAAAAUUCAAUAUUCAGAAAUCUGAUUUGAUUGCUGGUGCUUACAUAGAUCUACUCCAUGAGAAAAAUAGCAGCAAUUAAAUGAACAAUCAGGAGAAUUUGAGUUGAUUAAUUUGUGGUCUGUGUCAGCAAGGAUUAUUUUUAUUCUUCUUCUCAAGGUCUCCAAUAAAGGACACUAUUGUAAAUACUUGAUUUUUCUUCCUUAUCUUGUCACAUCUGAACAUAUUCCUUUUGGGUAACUUUUGUCUACUGUAUUUUCUGGUAUACAAGUGGAAUUUUUCUGACCAAAAUUUGCACCCAAAGAAGGUAGGUUGAGUUAUGUAUCAAGACAAUUUUGAAGGGUCAAAAAUUCCAUGUGAAAUGCAGCAAGCUUUGGGAAGUUAUUUAAAUGUUUACACUGUUUGAAUGCUUACACUACACGUUUACACAAUAUACUACGUUGGUUUGUAUGCUGGAAAAUACAGUUAUGCAUGUUACCAAACAAUGGUAAAAUCAUUUUGUCAAUUACAGUUGAGUAACUACUACAAAAA